GCAAUUCUGUAGUGAAAAUUUUCUCUUCUCUUCGAUGUAUUUUCGACUUUUCCCGUUUUUAUUUAUAUAUUAAUGCGAUAAAAACAAGCAUUUCAAUAAAUAAAUGAGCGUUGAUAAGGGAGAACGCGUAAGAAAUAUGUGAUAAUUUAUAGUAAAUAUAUAGUAAGUGUUAAAAAUGUGAAAUAGUAACGCUGUUUGGCAUUGUCGAGAGGACAUAAAAUCCAUGUGUACAAUUGAAGGCGUGAAAAAUCUGUGAAAAUGCGCAUCCUAUAAAUCUAAACUAAUUUAUUUCGAGUAAAAUUAAAUAAAAGCUUCAAAUAAAAACAAUUUUAACAGAAAAAACUCUGAUACCACAUAUUUUCUGUAGCUCGUCGUUUGAAAAUUCGGUAAACAAUAAUAUUAAUGGGCAUAUGUAUAUAAUACCCAAAACACACGCAAUACAGUUUAAGCUGCAGUAUUAACCGCAGCAAAUUUUGUGCCAACUAACGUUUUAUAAUAGUAAAUAAACAGAAAAGUUCAAUGGGUGGAAAUAGCACAACAAAUACUUUUACCGCUGGCGGUUAUAUUGGGCCUGUUAGCGGAAGUAGCGUCGGCAGUAAUAGUGGUGGGGCAGUAGGUGGUGAUCCUCUACCCAAUAUGACCGCAGCCAGCAGUACCUCAUAUGCUUAUGGCACGAAUUGGGAGGAAUUUUGUGAGCGUCAUUCACGUGUAGCAGCUGCAGACUUUGCUAAAGCUUGCAUUAAUUAUAUAAAUGGAACUAUGCCACCCGAAGAGGGACGCAAAAUUCAAUAUCGCAAUUUUGGGCAAAAAUUCGCCGAGGCGUUUGUAGAUCAUUUCGAUGCGGAAUUUUGCCUAAGGCGUAACAACAUUAAGACUGGUAAUGGUAAUUCAUUAGAGGAAAGUGGCGUAGCUGAAGAUUCUCCAAAAAUUUUUCAUAAAGCAUUUUUUCGAAGGCUUUCUUUUAAGGGUCUGCGCAAAGGCAAGAAUUUCCUAUUCCUACAGACGCUCUUCCAUAAGAAUUCCGAUGAUUUAGAUGGAAGUAAGCAUAGCAAGACAAAAAUCUCAAAAAUCAUUGUAGAAUGUCGCAAAGAAGGUUAUGUCCAUACUUUAUCGCCUGAAAGCUUAGAUCAGCCAACGGGUGCACAAAAGUGGGAAAAGUGUCGACUUGCGUUGGUAAAAGCUGUCGGAGGUUACAUGCUAGAAUUCUACACUCCACCAAAAGCUACUAAGCCCCGAAGCGGUGUGUUUUGUUUCCUAAUAUCUGAGGCACGUGAAACAACUGCCCUGGAGAUGCCUGAUCGUGAAAAUAUUUUUGUUCUUAAGGCAGACAAUAAUAUGGAAUAUGUUAUUGAGGCAGAGAGUGCGGCAGAAAUGCAUAGCUGGUUGGCUACUAUACGCUACUGUAUGCGUACACCACCCACGCAACAACUACCCUUAGAUUCUGCAGAUGCACUAGCCACAGGUGGUACUAGUGUUGGUGGAAUAAUGGGUGGAAUUACAGUUUCGAAUUCGUCAACUUCGGCUAUGAGUCCUAGUGGCAAUUCAAAUACUACAGAACUAAUUGCUACACGAAGUGGUCCAUCUAUUGCUCUACCCAAUCCACAAUAUCAUCAAACAAAUAUACUUGGCUCAAACGGAAAUAUAGGCCCAAGCGAUUCUUUACCUGAAGUUGCACUUGCUGGAAGUUUGGGUGCGACAGCUUCUAUUGCUAAUGAUACAACUACAUUAGAAGGUAUACCUGAUAUCCCACCGAGACCAAUCGGACCUGGUACACGAGGAGAGCAACGACUUUCGGCGUCAAGUAACAUUGAAGGAGAUUGUGAAACAGAAGCGGAUAUAAAUGUAGCAGAUUUGACUGCCGAAAUGCGACAGUAUCCAUGGUUCCAUGGUACAUUGUCGCGAUCAGAGGCCGCGCGGAUGGUAUUACAUUCGGUGUCGGCUGGGCAUGGUUACUUUUUAGUGCGGCAAAGUGAAACGAGAAAGGGUGAAUUUGUGCUGACAUUUAAUUUUCAAGGGCGUGCUAAACAUUUACGCAUGACUUUAUCCGAGAAAGGGCAAUGCCGUGUCCAACAUUUGUGGUUUCCAUCCAUACAGGAGAUGCUCGAACACUUCCGACAUAAUCCAAUACCAUUGGAAUCGGGUGGCACAUCUGAUGUAACGCUCACAGAUUGGGUUCAUAAUAAGUCACUACUUUAUGGGGGAUCAAAUGAUGCUGGCAACAUUGCAGAAACAAACGGUGGGCAUCAACAACAACAGCAACAGCAUCCAUCACCGAGACAUCAACAGGAAAAGAGUCUAAUCACAAUGAAUUUGAGUGUACGAUUAAAAGCGAACGAAAUUGAGAUACCGUUUCUGCAACAACCGCAGCGGCCACAACCCCAUGUACAAUUUCAAACGCAGACACCACAACAAAAUAAUCAACAACUUCGUGCUUCAACAGUUUCACUGCAAUCUCAGAGUCAACUUUACAGUGGUCCUAGAGUUGCCAGCAUUAGUGAUUUGAACGCAAAUGAAAUGAGCACACGAGCUGUAGAUAAUCAAUAUAGUUUUGUUUAAUUCUUUGACGCUACGAAGGAGAAUGCUUUCUUUGGCCAAGCCGUGAAAUAAUUAUAUUUAUGUAAUUACAAAUACAUAUGUAUACAUGCGUACAUAACUGAAUAUAGGCUUAUUGCAGCUAUUAAUAAUAAUUUGUAAUUCAUAUACUUUUGCAUGUAUAAUGCAUAUACAAACAUACAUAUAUACUCGAUUGCUUCUCAUGAUUUGGCGUUUUGUGCCAUGGUUUCCUUUUAAUAUUAAUUAGAAAAGAUUUAAAAAGUUCUAUGUGUUCAAAAUUUAUUUAUAAAA